UCCUGCCUCCCAUGACUUGUCUUUUUCUGGAGCAUGCGCAGUCACCCUUUCGUCCAAAUCUCUUUAGGGCAUACGUCAAGAUGGCGGCCUCCGUAUUCCAUGUGGUUCUGAGGCGCUUUCCCCUUCUUGCGCCUUUCAGAGGUUCCUAUGCUGUCCAGGUUACCCACCAGAAUCAUUGUACCAAACCUCCCCCUAACGAAGAUUCUUCGACCCCAUUUCCUGUUUCUCCUUAUAAGGAGGAGCCCUGGAAAUACCUGGAUUCAGAAGAAUACCAGAAUCGCUAUGGUUCACGUCCUGUUUGGGCUGACUACCGACGAAACCACAAAGGUGGCAUACCCUCACAGCGAACUCGAAAGACCUGUAUUCGUGGACAUAAAGUCGUUGGAAAUCCCUGCCCCAUCUGCCGAGAUCACAAACUGCACGUCGACUAUAGGAAUGUGAAGCUUUUGGAACAGUUUGUCUCUGCCCACACUGGUGUCAUCUUCCAUGCACCUUAUACAGGGGUCUGUAUGAAGCAGCACAAGAUGUUGACCCAGGCCAUCCAUAAAGCCAGGGACUAUGGUCUCCUCAAUUACCACAUUCCUCAGGUUGAACCUCGGGACCUUGACUUCAGUACCGCUCACGGAGCUGUCAGUACUACUCCACCAGCCCCCACAUUAGUUUCAGGUGAUCCCUGGUACACAUGGUACAGCUGGAAACAGCCACCAGAGAGAGAGCUGUCCCGUCUUCGUCGACUCUACCAGGGGCAUCUCAAAGAAGAGAGUGGCCCUCCACCUGAGUCAAUGCCCCAGGUGUCCCUCAGAAGCCCAGAUGAAGCUUCCUCCACUGAACCAACAAGCUCCUCGAGUGCUUUGUAAGAGCUCUCAGAGUGGGUAGGGAAUCUAAGGGAUGGAAAGAUAGUUCCUAAAAAUAUGUGAUGAGAUUUCAUCCUUAAGUGUUAUCUGUUUUGUGGCCUGCGUCCAGAGAAAGAAAAUGAUUGUUAAAGAAGAGGAUAAGGGGGGCCGCACAGUAGAGCAGCGGGUUAAACUCACAAGGUGCAAAGCGCAAGGAUCCCAGUUUGAGCCCCUGGCUUCCCACCUGCAAGAGGUCACCUCACAAACAGUGAAACAGGUCUGCAGGUGUCUAUCUUUCUCUUCUGUCUUCCCUUCCUCUCUGGAUUUCUCUGUCCUAUUCAACAACAACAGCUAUAACAAGGGCAACAAAAAUGGAAAAAAUGGCCUCCAGAAGCAGUGGAUAUGAAGUGCAGGCACGGAAUUCCAGCGAUAAUCCUGGAGGCAAAAAAUA